CGAACCUUCGCGCCCGACUUUGCAGAGCUUUGAUGUCAGCGCCGUCUCCCCGGGCAAUCCAACAUAUUGAACCAGAUUCGGAUCAUAGGAAGGCGUCAUGGACAAAAUCAAUUCUAUCCAAUCCGAGAGCUCUCUGGCCAGAUGACCCAAGUCAUCCAGUGAAGGUCGCCCUUCGCACAUAUUCUCUCAGCUUAUCUCUCUCCCUUGGUCCUGCGCUACUUCCAGUUGCUCUUACCCUCAUUAAGCGUUCGUCCGGGGUGAAAAAUCGACGUUCGGGUUCAUUCAGACGUGUGCUGAGGCACGCAGUGGGCCUCACGGGAUUUCCGUUCGCCAUCACCGUAGCUGUUUGUGGCGGAAUUGCAUUGAAGCACUUCUGGGAAGCAGUACUAGGUGUCCACCAUGUCGAUAAGCAAGACGACCCAGAAAUUCGACGGCAGCCAGUGGUGGCUUCUACUUUCCAACCAUGUGCAACAAUCCUCUCGCUCGUAGCUCAGGCGUGCUCACGCAUGUCCAAAUCAACUCCUUCCCAGAAAGCGUUCCUGUCAAAUGUCUUAUCCUCCACAAUCGCGCUGUUCUUGCUCCAAAGGAUUCGGCCGUCAAAAGCAGGGUCGCGUCGACCGUUCGCAACCUUUGAAUUAACGCUUUUAUUCUUCUGUCGUGCAACCGACGCGAUCAUGCAGCAUUUCCUGUCCAAAGUGUCCAUGGAAUCAGCCCGGAAAGCUAACCUAUUCAACAUCUCCGCGAAUCAGUCUCGGUUAAAGCCAGCUGAACUAUCUGCAGAUUUAUCAUUGCCUGCUGAAGGCGAUGGCAAAGCCAAGAAAUGGCAUCAAAGUACAGCUGCAUGGCUGGACGCCAUUGUAUUUUGGGCCUGCAGUGCUAGAAUCAUGUGGUGUUUCUUCUACCAGCCGUAUAGGCUUCCCCCUUCUUAUGUCAAAUGGAUAUCAUCCCUAGCCAACGUAGACAAACGGCUGUUGGAUGCUUUGCGUGUUAUGCGUUCUAAAGAAUGGAUCUAUGGGCACAGUUCCAUCCAUUCUCACCUCCUGACAUCUUAUGCCAAAGACCGCGGGUACCCUUCAUCUUGGGGCGAUCCGCAGGUUUUGCCUGCAUUUGGAGGCGCAGAUGCAGACGUGGUCUGGAAGGCACUUGGCGUGCCUGGCCGGGGUGGUGUGGGUGGAUUACCAUGUGAAAUUUUGCAUUCCGGUGUUGCAACGCGGUGGGGUCUCGACAACAGCUGCCUGACAAAUGCUGGCGUGAGAUUUUCCCUUGCGUUCAUUGAGGCUAUGGCUCUAUAUCUGCCUGUCCACAUCCUUCCUCUCCUUCUUACUCGCCCUCGUUCCAUCCUCCAACGUCAUCACGUCAUUCCCUCCCUUUUAGCUGCGAUCCGCAGUGCGACAUUCCUCUCCACGUUUCUGUCAUCGUACUUCUUGGCUGCCUGUCUCACACGUACCUUGGUACUGGCAAAACUGUUCCCGUGGGUCCCUCACGACGUGUGGGAUGGACCGUAUGGCAGUGUUCUCGUGGGAUCACUCACGUGUGGUUGGAGUAUACUAAUUGAGAACACGCGGAGAAGGGGGGAGAUGGCCUUGUAUGUGUUGCCCAGAGCUCUUAAAGCAUCUUUACCGGCCAAGUGGACUGCAAGCAAUCACGCCGGUGCCAGGCUGGCUGAGCGAAUCAUGUUUGUUCUGUCGCUGGCUUCCCUGCUCACUUUUGCAGUCCAUGAACCAGAAUCUCUGCGAGGUCUGUCGCGAUGGACCCUUGCUUUUGUCAUGAAGGGUCCAAAUGCUGGGUUCUGGAAGAAACGCAAAAAAGAGAUUGAAACUUGUCCCUCGACGCCUAUCUCUCCUUCCUCCAACUCAAUCUCCACGCAAGACAUUAACUGCUUGUGAGAUGUUCCAUAAUACUAACUUAGCCCGCGAUAGUCCGGCUUUGAGAGUGGAGGAUCUUAGCCGAGUUUGCGCACGUCGCGAUCGGUGCUGCGAUCUAGAUCAUGUUCUUGCUUUUGCGUACUUUACGAUCUUCGUUAAAAUAUCCCACUGAAUAUACCAUGCGAACAAUUCUAUAUCCUCAC